AUGGCGGAUGCUGCGGUGGCAGGGUUCACCGAGAUCACGGGUUCCUCCCCAGAGGUUGCUGCCCGGUAUCUGCAGCUGACCGACGGCAACCUCGAAACGGCUAUGCAGCUGUACUUCGAGAAUGGAGGUGCUGAUAUCCAACCGGAAUCCACUCCUCCGCAGCCUCAAUUCCCCGUUUCUCGUUCUCCUCCCCUUGCUCCUCCUCCUCCUCCGUCGUCACGGCCCUCACGGCCCUCACGCCCACCAGGCUACGAAGACGAACACGGCGUCGUCCAUCUGGACUCCGACGAUGAUUACAGCUAUACACAUGAAGGAGGCACGAAUAUCCCCGUACGGACAUCCCAUCAAUCAGCUUCCUCUGCCAGUCGCACACCACAACCCGCCGGGCUUUCCACAUUUGACGACGACGAAGCCAUGGCCCGCCGUUUGCAAGAGGAAUUUUACGCUGGUGCUGAGGGUUUCGGUCCCGCGGAUGAAAGCGGUGUACGCGCUCCCUUAGCCCGCACGACAGAAACACUUGUCGAGCCUGGUGUGGAUUUGGGGUUUGAUAUCAAUGAUGGCCUAGACGACGCCGUGAUGAGUCAGUUGCGGGCUAGGCAGCGAGCUAGAGCAGGCCGACCCGGUAUCUUCAACCAAAGGCCCAUUUCAUCAUCGAUCUGGAACCAGGACGAUCCGUCAUCACAUCGCGCAUCCUUGGCAGAGGCUACCGGUGGCGCCUCAAACGCCUCUAGCAAGUCCAGUAUGCUUGCUGAAAUGUACCGACCUCCCUUUGAGAUCAUGUCGAAACUGCCCUGGGACCUGGCGCGGGACGAAGGCCGGGAAAAUAUGAGGUGGCUGCUGGUCAACAUUCAGGACGCCUCUGUUUUCGAUUGCCAAGUCCUAAAUAGAGAUCUUUGGAAAAACCAAGGAGUCAUGGACACGGUAAAAGAACAUUUCAUCUUUCUACAAUACUCCAAGGACGACCCGCGCGGUUCGCAAUAUAUCCAAUAUUACUUUCCCGGUGUCGACGUUCAAGACAACUACCCACAUAUUGCAAUCGUGGACCCACGGACGGGCGAGCAAGUGAAAGCAUGGACUGGACCCCCCGUUAUUAAACCAUCGGAUUUCCUGAUGCAAGUCCACGAGUUCCUCGAUCGCUACAGCUUAGACCACACUGUGCGGAAUCCCGUCGCCAGGCGGAAGCCGGAGGUAAAACCGGAGCGCAAGCUCGAAACAAUGACUGAGGAGGAAAUGCUGGAGAUGGCCCUGAAGAAUAGUCUGGAGAGCCAGACCCAGAAUAAUAACGUGAAGGGCAGACACGAGGAUCCCGAUGACCUGACGAGGAGCAUUGGCGACAUCAAGGGGAAGGGGAAGGGGAAGGCAUCCAGCCUAGAUGACGACAUGAAUGUCGACGCAGAGACAAACGGCCAACAGCAACAAGAACAAGCGGAAGACUCACACCACCAGAACCCGACCUUCGCCUCCAUCUCCCCCAACAAACCCCACACAGAACCCAACCCGGACCCGGCAACCGUAACCCGAAUUCAAUUCCGCCACCCAACCGGCCGCGUGAUCAGGCGCUUCAACCUAUCCGACCCCGUCCGGCGCAUCUAUGAGUGGCUAAAAGCGUCGCCGUUGUCAGAGGAUAAGGCCGGUGUGGAGUUUGAGCUUGUCUCGAUGGGCCAGAAUUUGAUUGGGAUGUUGGAUGUCAGCAUUUCGGAUGCGGGGUUGAAGAAUGGAACUGUGAUGAUUGGCUUUGUAGAGGAUUGA